CGAGCCCACACUGCCGCCGCCGCGCCGUCACUGCCUGUGCCCUGUGCCUCGCUCGGCUGGCUCGGGCUCGGCUCAGACAGUUGACGCGUGCACAUAGCAGAAGGACGCCUCAGCCGCGCAGUUCGCGAUCGCUGUCUCGUCGUGCGACCCACUGUAGUGCCACCAACAAGAAGGUGACAAGAACCACUACAAGUUCCUCCAGCCAACCGUCGUCUCCCGUCUACUUCUUGAGGAUUUGAGGAGUCUGUGAGCAGGAUGGCCGAGAAAGCUUUGGGAUUCGAGGGCUACGAAGAGAAGAGUCGGCCGUCACCGCCGCCGAAGUACGAUGAAGCUCAUCUCCACCAGUACCCUCAGCGCGGUGAUGGUUUCUCCACCCCGCCGUACCAGCUCAACCAGCACCCACCCCAGCACGGUGGUGGGUUCUCAAACCCGCCGCAUCAACUCAUGCAGUAUCCGCCUCAAGAUGGUGGUGUUGUCCCCAACGCGCCGCUACUCACCCCUCAACCACCAGCCCCAGCCCCAGUCACCAACGUGACGAUAAACGCCUCUCCACCAGCAGCGCAGCAGCCCGUCAUCGUCAACAACAUCGUCGGUGGCGGCAUGAUGGCGUGCUCCAAGUGCGGCUCCAACUUCGUCUCGGUCAAGAUGGAGUCCUCCUGUAAGACCCACUGCUGCUGCCUCAUUUGUUGCUUCACGCUCCCGUUUUGCUUCUUCCUGCCCUACUGCUGCGAUUGGUGCAAGAAGCCCGUGCAGAGAUGCAGCCGCUGCAAGGCCAAGCUUGGCUAAUGCAACCGCAGCUGCUGCACCCGAAGUGAGGAGCGUCGGAUAGUUGAAGAAAAUUCGCAUGCGAGGCUCUGUUGUUCUAGGUGCUUACACAAAGUAUUUCUUCAAAACCAUGAUUUAAAACCUACACUGCCUCCGAUCUCUCUGCGGGGAUCAAGUUGGGGUUCCACUUCGCUGAAAGAUGUCUUGUGUUAUGUCCUUUCGACGUGUAUUAUUUGUAAUCUCUUCGUAGAAUUGCCCACGCCGAUUGAACAAGCAUUCAUCGUUUUUACUGGCUACAAAUCUGACAGCUAGCGUGGUUUUGUUUAUAUUUAGGGGUCACCGGAGUAAUGUUUGAAUUACUAAUGUGUUUGCUUUUAAGACUGUGUGCGUUGUUUUAGUUUGCGUGUUACGCAUUUAUUUUUAGUAACGAUCGUAGCAAUAUUGGUCCAUCUGUCCCUGUGUAACGGCUAGAUGAUCUUUUUAUUAGCUGUUGUCAUGAGACACCCAUUAACAACAGUACAUGUUUCG